AUGCAAGAUCUUAAUUUAUCUGAGGAGUCAUGCCAAAACGGUUCCAUAAUAAGGCUGCUGUGUCUGUCAAAGACUGCUGCUGCUGUGUGUAUAGUCAAUGGGGACACAGGCCUACUUAACACCUCAUUCACUGACAAUCACAAUGCCACUGAGACAGGGCUAUCAGCUGUCGGCAACAAGUGGAACAGCUAUAACUUCUGGAUUUGUUUGACCCUGGCGGUGCUGUCUGCCUUCCUGAUUGAAGGAAGUGUGAUGCUGAAGAAAAAGGCUCUGCUUCGUCUAGCCUAUUUUUUUGCUCCUUUGCACCCCAGUGAAGGUGGUCAUGGAUAUUUAAAGGACUGGCUAUGGUGGGGUGGCCUUCUAACCAUGGGUGCCGGCAAAGCGGCCAACUUUGCAGCAUACAUGUUUGCCCCAGCUACUGUGGUGAUUCCUUUUGGUACACUGAGUGUCCUUAUCAGUGCAGUGCUUUCCUCCUACCUGUUGGGGGAGACUCUAAAUCUGUUUGGGAAGCUGGGCUGUGUGCUCAGCGUACUGGGCAGCAUCCUCAUGGUGAUCCACGCACCCGAAGAAGAGGAAGUGACAACCCUGCACCAGAUGACUGACAAACUGCUUGACCCAGGCUUCCUUGUGUUUGCCAGUAUCCUGCUGGUGGCCUGCCUGCUGCUUAUCUUCUACUUCUCCCCCCGUGUGGGCCAGACCAACAUUCUGGUCUACAUCGGCAUCUGUUGCCUGCUGGGGGCCUUCACCGUCUCCUCCGUUAAGGGCCUGGGCAUUGCCAUCCGCACAGUGCUCUCUGACCCAGCCGUGGUGCGCCACCCGCUGACCUGGAUCCUGCUGGCCUCCUUGGUGAGUUCCAUCGUCAUCCAGGUCAACUACCUGAACAAAUCGCUGCACACCUUCAACACACUACUAGUCUACCCCAUCUACUACGUGUGCGUUACCACCAUCGUGCUCACCACCUCCAUCAUCCUAUUUCAAGAGUGGGGGACCAUGUCUGGGGUAGACAUGGUAUGCACUAUGGGUGGCAUCUUGGUCAUCAUCCUGGGGAUGGCCAUGCUGCACCUGUUCAAAGACAUCCAUGUCACCCUGGAGGGCCUGACCAGCAGCAUGUGUCAGCUGCUGGAGGAGAAACAGGAAGACAAACACAUCCUCAUUGAGGAAAUGGAGAGCCUGCCUCCCAUGAGAGAAGACGCAACCAUGGUCUUCAUCAUCAGCUGA